AUGCCAAGUAAUAUAUCUGCUCUAAGGGUUAGAACUAUUCUUAUAUACUUAGUUUUAUUGCCUUGGGUUAUACAUAUAAGAGAGGGAGACUGGAAUAAAGCUUAUACUCUGACCUAUAGCAUACCGCAGACCAAUUAUAUAUAUCUUCAGGAUAUUAAGACGUAUCAUCCAACUGCAGCUUACCACUCACUCAGGCACCAUCUUCGACACACGUUAAAUGGCAUAACAAGCCUGCCGCACUAUAACAUCAAUUCACAAAUAUUAGCAACACCAUUGCUCAAUCCAGUGGAUUACCUUUCUGCUAGGACCUUCAGUCAAGCCAUCAGAGAUAUAUAUAAAAAAUAUAAUUAUCUUAUUAUUAGCCGAGCCCUCUUUCAUAAACCAUCAGGGGUGGCUAAGGGCGGACUAUUAAUAGCAUAUCCCUGCCGCAGACAAUAUUAUGCUAAUGUAUUCGAGUAUAAAAAGGCUCAGCUAUUUAUAGUAUAUGCAGCAAAUAUCGCAAUGGCAGUCAUUGCAGUUUUAGCUGGACUACACGCCUAA